UGUCUAAUUACUUUCUCUUUUCUCUCUUGCAGUAUCUGGUAUGUAAAAGAAAGCUAGACAGUAAAAAGGAAGCAUUGCUGAUUCUUUCCAAGGAGCUGGACACAUGUCAACAGGAAAAAGACCAGUACAAGCUUAUGGCCAAUCAACUGCGGGAACGACACCAGUCACUAAAAAAGAAAUACUUGGAGCUGAUUGAUGGGGAUCCUUCUCUUCCUCCGGAAAAAAGGAAACAGGCUAAUCUUGCCCAAUUAUUGAGUGAUUCUCGGGAUCGAAAUAAACAUUUGGGAGAAGAAAUUAAAGAACUUCAACAAAGACUGGGAGAAGUUCAAGGAGACAAUAAGCUCCUUAGAAUGACAAUAGCAAAACAAAGACUUGGAGAUGAAGAAGUUGGGGCACGCCACUUUGCAGCACACGAGCGUGAAGACCUCGUUCAGCAGCUGGAGAAAGCACGAGAACAAAUUGAGACACUGGAACAUGAUCUUCAAGCUGCAUUGGAUGAGCUACAGGACCUAAAGGAAGAACGUUCUUCUUAUCAAGAUAAAGCAGACCGACUCAACCAAGAGCUUAAUCACAUCCUAGGAGGACAUGAAAAUCGCAUCAUUGAUGUAGAUGCCCUGUGCAUGGAGAACAGAUACCUUCAAGAGAGAUUAAAGCAACUGCAAGAUGAGGUCAACCUUCUUAAAUCUAAUAUUGCUAAGUACAAGAAUGCUCUAGAGAGACGGAAAAAUUCAAAGAUCCAUAGCAGAUCCAGCAGUAGUGCCCUGACUGGAGUCCUUUCUGCAAAGCAAGUCCAAGAGUUGUUAUCGGAGGACCAUGGAUGUAGCCUACCAGCCACACCACAGUCCAUUUCAGAUCUCAAAUCUUUAGCUACUGCCUUACUAGAGACUAUCCAUGAGAAAAAUAUGGUCAUACAACACCAAAGGCAAACCAACAAAAUUUUAGGUAAUCGAGUGGCGGAGUUGGAGAAGAAGUUGAGAACUUUGGAAAUUUCUGGUUUGUGGAGUCUUCCAGGCCUGAGCUACAAUGUCUCAGUGGGAUUUGGGAGUGGAAAAGAUACCAUAACAUUCGGUGACCCAACCUUGCCUGUUCUACAGAGGUCAAGAUCGCCAUUGCGAACAUUUGCUGACAAGCCACAACAGAAUGAAGCAGCACAGAGGCAUGAAGCAAAAGAGAAGGGAAAACAAGAUGAAAUUUACGCUGUUUCAACAGAGUUGAUAGUUCCAGAGGAAGCUGCUACGGUCUAUGACAAUUCCCAAGCAAAUAUAAAGACCAGUACCCAAAAGAAGACUUAUCAUUCCUCUAUGCCCCAGUUUCCUUCUGAGGAGGAAGAAAUAAACCGGUGUGAAAUAAUUAAAUUGACAGAAGAACAGGUAGUUGCAGAACUGGAGGAGAGCCAAACAGCAAGUCUACCAAAGAGCCGGAGUACAGUGUACCAAUCAGAACUCAGUGAGUCAUCCAAGGAAGAGUCCCCUUUAUCUAGCCCUGAUUCAUUUGACCCUGUGGAGCCAUCAAACUACAGGAAUGAGCAUGUAGCUGAAAAUUGGGUUCUGAAAGAGCGUGAGGAAAUGGCAGAAAAUAACUGUGAAAAUGUAAAUGAGAGAGAGGGUGGAAAUGGCAACACACUGGACACGGACGACACAGAAGGACAUGGAGAUCUAACUGUUUCAACCUCUGACUUAAGCAAUGUCUCCAGUAAUCCUCCUGAACCUGAGUGUGACAAGUCAUCUGAGCCCACUGAACACAUUGAGCAUUUGAAUGACAGCAUGGCUUGUGAUGAGCCCAAGACCUCCAGCUUCUCUCUGUCAUCCUCUUAGGGAGGAAGCUGUGUAGCUGUGAAUAUGGGUAGUAACCAAGUUAAUCUGCCAUAGAAAUGGCUUUUUUACAUCAGUCUGUCAGCAUUUGUCUAUUAAAGAGAUGUCUUUCUACUGAUUGUAGUCAACCAAAAUAAUGUAAAUAUAUAAAAUUGGGUAGAACUUGAAAAUGAUGGGGUAGGGAGACUGACAUAGUGGAGAAAAACGGGACCAAGAGACUGUCCAUUCUCAUUUUUAGGUCAAGUCCUAGCUGGGCAUAGCAUGCAUAAUGUCCAAUGCCUAUUGGUAUGUUUUCUAAGGGUUUCAAAGGGGAUUUUUAGCAGAUGAAAAUUUGAGGUGAUAAGCUGAAGAAGAUCUAAAGGUUGACAGGGUUUUGUUUAUUUUUUUUAGAUUUGCCUUCUCUGUAUUUACUUGCUGUGAGUGUAUGUAUAGAGUAGCACAACCUCCUCCCAGACCUUGCACCCUAAUCCUGCUAUCCUUGGUCACAACCAAAAUCCCUGUACUUGUGCUCCAGGUUACACUCUCCUACCAGACCCUGCACUCCUUCCUCCGUACACCUGUUUCUCUCCCCCCUCUUUCCUCCCGUCCGGCUGGAAUAAUCUCCUGCACCCACAACCCUCUCCAGACCCUGCACCCUAAUCCCCUGUCCCAGGUCACAACCUAAAUCCCUGAACCCCGAUCCAGGUCACAAUCCCCUCAUUCACCCAAACUCCCUCCCAGAUCCAACACCCUAAUCCCUUACCCCAAGCUCCCUCUGCACCUGGCCCCCAUUCCAGGCCCCACACCUCCUUAAUUAAUAUAAUGGAAGAGUGUGACACCGGCCCCCCCCCCCCAUAAAAAUUCAUUGCCCACUCCAAUCUAGGCUCAUCUCCACUUUGAUUAGGUAUAAAACAAAAAUGUGGCAUGGCAGUAACUCUUCCUUUCCUCCCUCAGCUCCUUAGUCUUUUGGUUAGUGGUGUGGGUUAUUCUUUGGGCCUUAAAAAUUCUUCCCAAGCUGCGAGUGUGCAAGCAAAAAACCCUUCUGUUGUUAGAGAGGGGCCUUCAGGGCAAGGAAGGCAGCAGCAAGGGAGCACUUCAUGUUGGAGCUCACAGCUGCUAGAGUUGGGGAGGCACUUCUUCUCCCCUUUUUAGAAUAGGGAGCAGUUUCUGCAGCUGUGGAGCUUCUAUGGGCCAGCAGCCAUGGAGACAAUUUUUCUGCUGGCUUGGGACCUAAUGGUCUGUAAAUGUUCAUUUCUCACUCCUAGAAUUUGAAAUCAAUCAGAGAGAAUUAAACCAAAUUUAAUAAACUUCUACUAAUAAAAAGGAGAAUAUUUCCCAGAUUGAGCCUUUGUUUGACAGAUAUCUGCCAGCUGCGGAUUUUUACAGCCCACUUGUCAGCUACGGAAAAACAGGGUUUGUAUUAACAGCCCUGACAAACUUGUCUCUAUAUAGAAACUGAGCUAGCAGGUGCUGCCAUUAUCAAAGGUGUUUUGAUUCCAUGAACAGUAUGCGCUUGGCAAAAGAGAGAAUCUGCGUGUAAUGGUUAUAUCUGAAUAUAAUGAAUGAUGGGAGGCUGAAAAAUGUGACCUGCCUUUUUUGUUUUCAUGCAUCCUCCUAAUAGGAGCAUGCAUGUCACCCUUUUUCUGCUGUCUGCCUGUUCUGUCGUGCUGUGUGCUGGCAAUACUUGCAUCACGCCUCAGAAAUGCUCCCUUUCUGUUUAUAGGGCCUGAGGCAUUGCUUCAUGCUGGUAUCAGCAGCCCCUUUUGAAUCAAUUGGGUCCAAAUUCAGAUGCUUGGGGGGCAUGCUAUGGUAAAAAAAAAUUAUGCUUUCUUCCCUCACCCUGGUUAUAUUUAUGUUCCUCAAAACCCAAGAGGGGCUGUUGAUGUUAAUGGUAAAAUAACUGAUUAAAUUAUUGACUUGGUUAUUUAUAUGACAGUACUGACAUGCAUGAAAAAAUAGACAUGCACAAAAAUAAUUGAAGAUGUUUGUGAAGGGUUUUGUAACAAAUAUUACCCUCCAUGUGGUGAUUGUUCCAAUGUAUAUGUUCCUUUCCAUCUUUCAUCAUGGCCUUAGGUGUUCUAAAGCUAAAUGCUAGAGCAGUUCUGAAUAAAAAUGCAGCCAAAAUUCA